CUUCUGAUUCUGCCUGUGAUUGUUGCUUUUGAUUCGGUGACUCAUGGCUUAUGCAGCAGAGGCAUCAACGAGUAGGAUGGAGGAAUUUGUUGCUGAUACAGUUCCAACGUCGCAGCCACCCUCACCACAUGCAUUGGUUCCAUCAUCUUCUCAGGCCGUUGGAAACCACAAUGGUAAUGCUACGUCGAGAAAGGAGAAUGAGGUGCAAUUGGUUCCAUCGUCUAAUCAGGAUGCUGGAAGCCACAGUGAGGGUGUAGCAGCGAGAAAGGAGAAUGAAGUGACGAUUCCAUUAACAUUACCUCAAUCUAUUGUCAAAUCUGCACAUGGUAACCUUCCUUCUACCGAGCUUCUGCUGCAGAACUACAGGAAUUUCACUCGCCGCACAACUCCAUCGAGGUUGAUGUACUACGAGAAUGGUGACUGGCUUGAUUUCUCAAGCGAAGCUAUGGACCAACUUCGUCCAGCGUUCGCCGACCACAAGGCGAUAGUGGAGGUGUCGAUUAACGGAUCAAAAUAUCUGUUUGAUUUCAUGAGGAUGCUUCAAAUCGAUUCCGAGACCAAAAAUUGUUGGUCAAUUUCAUGGAUCGAUGAAUAUGGCAAGUGUUUUUUCCCUAAAGUCUCUAUUGCAAAAGAGGGAGAGUACACGGAACAAGAGCAAAAUAAAAACAUUGAGAGUUGUGUUAAUGCUAAUGCUAACGCUAGUAUUGCUCAAAAGGUUGAUCUUGUUAUCAAGCUUGAUGAUAGUUCACUGAAGCGGAAGAGAGCAGAGUUUGAAGCUAUUCCUUCAAAUCCAAUCAUGGCAUUUCCAACUCCUCCAGUUAGUGCUCCUCCUGUCAUUACUCGUCCGGUCAGUACUCGUCCGGUUAGUGCUCCUCCGAUCAAUGUUCCCUCGAUCAUUCCUAAUAAUGUCCCAAGAGGCCCGCGAUUGGUGGAAGUUUUUAGGUGGCCAAAGACGAUGAUAUUAAGGGAAGGUGAUAAAGAACAUGAGCUCAUCAAGGAUUACUUCUUGUCAGGGAUAAGAAAAUUUGACCCUGCUGCUAAGGUUACUGCCAUUUACAAAUGCACUCGUGAAGGAAAUUUGGAGAAGGCUCGUUAUGAACAGUUUCAGAAACAAGUUGAUCUCACUAAGGCCAUUCGAGGUGAUGAUGUUGCAAAAACAAUCCAUGCCUGGCAUGGGGCUUCCGGAAGUGAAGUGGCUACUUUAUUGACUUAUGGAUUUCAGUUUCCCACUAAGGUUCCUACGGCUGAUGUUUAUGGUGUUGGUGUCUAUCUUUCUCCUGUAGGAUUGGCACAAUUGAGUGCUGACCUAGCAGAGGCGGAUGAAAAUGGAGAAAAACAUAUUAUUCUUUGCCAACUUUUACUAGGAAAUGUGGAAAAAGUGCCAUUCGGAUCUCAACAAGAUCAACCUUCUGGGGUGGAGUAUGACAUAGGUUCAGAUGAUCCUAAUAGCCCCUCUUGGUAUGUGGUGUGGCCUUGUAAUAUGAAUAAGCACAUUCUUCCCGAGUUUGUUGUCAGUUAUCAACCCACUGUUAAUGUGAGAGGUAAAUCUAAAGCAGACCCUGGCUGGGAUGAGGCGAUGCUUUCCAAGGUUCAAGGUGCUUUACCUCCUGCCCAAUUUCAAGAAGUUUUGCAUUUACACAAGAUAUACCGAGCUGGGUUUUACACCAAAGAUGCUUUCAUAAAGAGGCUCCGAUUGAUUGUUGAAGACAAUAUCCUACAGACAAUUUCGCCGGACGACGAUGCCUAGGGUGACUUGGAAGAAUUAGGUUAAGUUUUACUUAGCCAAUCAAAUUGAUAGAUCCUAUCCUAAUGUAAUGUUACAUUUCAACUAGGAGUAGUACAAAACCUGCAGCUAUGGGAAACAAAAUAAAACCAUUUCUUAAAGAAAGUGUAAUUUUCUGG